AUGCUUUUUGCCUACGUCGUCCUGUUCGGAGUGGUGGAAGGUGCUCGAGAAGUCGUGGAGCUGCAUAGCUCUCAUGAGCAGGGUGAGGGUCGUGGUGACGUCUGUUGCUGCCAAAGCCACAUGCAGGAGAACAAGGCAAAGGCAAGGGGCGGGGAGGAUUGGCAAGAAGUGCCAAUCAACGAAGGCAAGUGCUUGAUUUUCAAGCAACUGAGGCCGGAGCGUCCUUUCUGGUUUCAUGCAGCGGAGGCGAAGUACAGGUGCUGCUGGACCUCGGGGUUCUUCUGCACCUCCAGCAUGAGCAUCAUGGGUUCCUGGAACAACGGUGGCGACAAGGUCGAGGGCGCAGCUGCACAGAGGGCUUGCCCCAUCUCCACUUCUCCCAAAGGAACCCUGGACCCUCCGGACAAGACCUUCGCUUUCAACCGCGAGUGGGCCAACGCCGAGAAAACCCUCGUGAAGAUGGUCGCCACCAACACUUUAGCCACGGGCGUGGGUGCUGCCAACGCAGCCGGAGCAGGAGGGCUUCACGUGGACAUGGCACAGACCGUGGAUCAUGCACGCAGUGCUUCUGAGACAGCUGAAGACGACGAGGCUGCGUCGGAAUGUUCUCCACUUCAAAGACUCCACUUCAAAGCCGACGGCAAGCGCAUCGCCACCGCCGCCGCAGAUAGGUCAUACUGCGACGCGAAGUUGUUGGAAGGCGAUCCCCUUCGCUUGGAGUUGCAGCGCGAGUCCGCGCGCCUGCGAACCGAGGCCCUGGGCUGCAAAGGCUUUUCUCACCUUGGCGGCGACCCAUCGAGAGUCAAUCCGCUGCGACGGGUGGACUUGGUCGUUGACCACUCCGUCGCCGUGGACGUUGCGGGAAGACCGGACGCGCUCCGAAGGAACAUGGAGAUUGAAAUGGAACGCAACUCCGACCGCUUCCAGUUCUUGAAGUGGGCACAGCAGAGCUUUCAGAACUUCAACCUCGUGCCCCCGGGCAGUGGCAUCGUGCAUCAAGUGCAUUGCGAGCGGCUUGCCGAGGUAGCACUGGUCCAAGACGGUACGGUGUUCCCCGAUGCCUGCGUGGGCACAGACAGCCAUACCACGAUGAUCAACGGCAUGGGGAUAUUCGGAUUUGGCUGCGGAGGUCUCGAAGUUGAGGCUGCGAUGCUGGGCCAGCCGACUGCCUCUCUCAUCCCCGAAGUGGUUGGGCUUGAGCUCACCGGGCAAUUGGCUCCGGGUGUGACGGCCACUGACCUGGUGCUUACUGUGACGGAGUUGCUGCGACAGCAGCGUGUGGUGGGCAAGGUCGUGGAGGUUUUUGGCAGCGGUGCAGAAAGUUUGGCAGUCACUGACCGCCUCACUGUGGCAAACAUGGCACCGGAGUGCGGUGCGACCUGCAUCCUCUUCGCGGUUGAUUCAAGGACGUUGCAGUACCUUCAGAUGACCGGACGCGAGAAGGUGCACGUGGACCGUGUGGAGGAGUACUACCGGGCCAGCGGCCUCUUUGGGGCAUCAGCCUUCGAGUCCGUGACUUAUUCAUCAGUAACCCACCUGGACCUUGCCUCUGUCGUGCCCUGCAUGGCGGGUCCGAAGCGGCCCCAGGAUCGGAUCCCCUUGGGUGAGCUCAAGAAGAGCUUCCACACGGCCCUGACGCAGCCUUCGGGCCACUCGGGCUUCGGCCUGGAUCCUAAUUCCCUGGGCCCCAAGGUUCUGGAAUUGGAGAAUCGCUCGAUGACUGUAAACCACGGUCAGCUGGCCAUCGCCGCCAUCACGAGCUGCACCAACACCAGCAACCCCUCUGUUCUUCUGGCCGCGGGGCUUCUGGCGAAAAAGGCGGUCCAGCGUGGCUUGCGCACCCCAGAGCACGUGAAGACAUCCCUUGCGCCUGGAUCACGUGUGGUGACGCGAUACUUGGAGGCCGCGGGGCUCUCAGGUCCACUGGAGGCUCUAGGCUUCCACACCGUGGGCUACGGUUGCACAACGUGCAUGGGCAACUCUGGCGACGUCGACCCCGCAAUGCAGGCCGCCGCGGACCAGGGCCUCAUCACGGCCGCAGUGCUGUCGGGGAACCGGAACUUCGAAGGACGCGUCCAUCUCUCAGUGAAGGCCAACUACCUCGCCUCCCCACCUCUGGUGGUGGCCGCAGCGUUGGCGGGGCGUGUGGACAUCGACUUCGAAGCCGAGGCACUUGGCCUGGACCCAGACGGUCGCGAGGUCUUCCUGAGCGACGUUUGGCCGACGCCCGAGGAGGUCGCAGCGGCGGUGUUUGAGUUUGUGCGCCCAGAGUUCUUUGAGUCCGAGUACGCGCAGGAGGCUUCCAGCACAUGGAGUGCUCUGGAAGGCGCCGUUGGCAGUGUGACCUAUCCCUGGGACCCCAAGAACACAUUCAUCGCGUCGCCGCCGUUCUUUCAACGUCCGGCAGGCCCCAUCCGGGAUGCUUACUGCCUCAUGUUACUGGGCGACUCGGUGACGACAGAUCACAUCUGCUUCAAUGGUGCGAUCCGGGAUGGCCCAGCCUCGGACUUCUUGCGGGCAGCUGGGGUGGAGAAGAAGGAUGUCGGCUCCUACGGGGCCCGGCGAGGCAAUGCCUCGGUGAUGGUUCGCGGCGCCUUCUCCAACCCGCGGAUCGUCAACAAGGCGGUCGACCGCACGGGCCCUUGGGCUCUGCAUGUGCCAAGCGGAGAAGUGCUGCAUCCGUUCGAUGCAGCAGAAAGGUACCGAGAAGACGGCUAUGAUCUCGUCAUUGUUGCGGGGUCCGAGUAUGGCACAGGCUCCUCGCGAGAUUGGGCUGCCAAGGGAACGGCCCUCCUCGGUGUCCGCGCCGUGCUAGCCGAGUCUUUCGAGCGAAUCCACCGGGCCAACCUAGCAGGCAUGGGCGUGCUGCCCUUGGUCUUCCCGGGUGCUGGAGCACUCGGACUUACCGGCACGGAACGCUUCCGGCUGCAGUUGCCCGAGGACUUGCUACCCGGAAUGGACGUCGCGGUGGAGUCAGUUUCAGCAGACGGGACGAAGCAACGCUUUACUGCCGUGCUCCGGCUGGAUACCGAGGUGGAGAUCGCCUACUGGAAGCGGGGUGGCAUCCUCCCCUACGUGCUGGAGAGCAUGCUGUCUUCGUAG